AUGCACGAAUUCUAUCACGACCAUGUUCCAAAACAUCGCGAUCGGCCUCCCAACGACACGCAAGAAAACCUCCAACCAAGCGGCAACAUUGCCAUGACCUGCCAGCUGGUUCUCGCCGUUGACCUUCUCAACCCUACCCCGGCUGCUGAGGCCAAGAAGCACAAGCUGAAGACUCUAGUACCUGCUCCCCGGUCCUUCUUCAUGGAUGUCAAGUGCCCUGGCUGCUUCACCAUCACCACCGUCUUCUCGCACGCCCAGACCGUCGUCAUCUGCCAGGGCUGCACCACUGUUCUGUGCCAGCCUACCGGUGGUAAAGCCAGGUUAACCGAGGGCUGCUCUUUCCGCAGAAAGUAG